UUCGCACGGUGAAAUUGCUCGCGAUUGGUUUUUUCGGUGAUGAAACGACACUCGUGCGUAUGUAAUUCGUAAACAAAACUGAAAGUGAGUCUAUCGUCAUUGAGGUUUGUGAUUUUUAACCAUGACUUAAUUUCAUUAGUCCUAUCUUCUCGUUCUACCACGAGUCUUGUUCACUAGGGAUCGCAGCAUGUCGUCCAGUAACAAGUGUAAAAAUUGUGGUUCCUCGGAUCUCGAGGUAGAUUCGGCUCGUGGUGACACGGUUUGCACCUCAUGUGGUACGGUACUCGAGGAUAACAUCAUCGUCUCAGAGGUCCAGUUCGAAGAGAACGCCCAUGGAGGUACUUCUGCAUUGGGGCAGUUUGUGUCAUCCGAUUCCAAAGGUGGCUGUCGAGGUUUCGGAGGAAGCUUCCACUCGGGGCUCAGCAAGGAGUCCCGAGAAAUUACCCUUCAAGCUGCUAAGAAAUCCAUUUCCAACCUGUGUCAACAACUGCGCUUGAACCAGCAUUGCCUGGAAACUGCGUUCAACUUUUACAAGCUGGCACUGAAUCGGCAGUUCACGCGGGGCCGCAAAAGCACACAUGUCACAGCUGCUUGUGUGUACAUUACGUGCAGGCUUGAGGGCACCCCGCAUUUGUUAAUAGACUUAAGUGAUGUCCUACAAAUCUGUGCAUUUGAACUUGGUCGAACGUAUCUUCGACUCUCAAAUCUCUUGUGUAUUAAUAUUCCCUCCAUGGAUCCAUGCUUGUACGUUUUGAGGUACGCAAACAAACUAGAAUUCGGAGACAAGACUCAUGAAGUCAGUAUGACUGCAAUGAGGCUGGUGACCCGGAUGAAAAAGGACUCCAUUCAUUAUGGAAGACGUCCUUCUGGAUUGUGCGGCGCAGCAUUGCUGAUGGCUGGACGCCUCCAUGACUUUAGUCGCUCGAUUGGUGACAUCGUCAAAGUUGUAAAUGUGCAAGAAGCAACCCUUAAGAAGCGGCUCCUUGAAUUUGCAGAAACCCCGUCCAGCUCAUUGACGUUAGAGGAGUUCAUGAAUGUGGAUCUUGAAGAGGAGCAAGAUCCACCAUCUUUCCGCGUAGCUAAAUUGAAGGACAGAGACAGACUUCAGAAACUUGAGGAACAAGAUGAAGCCUAUUUCUCUGCCUUGCAAAAAGAAAUUGACAAGCAAUUAGAAUUAAAAAGAGCAACCACCAAGAAGAUACCGAAAGCGCUCGGAGCAAAAGUUGCCAAUCUGAAUUUAGAAGAGACUGAUACCAAUAAAUUUGUAGCAGAAUCCACUUUACCUGUGAUUGAUUCAUGCCUCCAAGAGUCAGAAACAGUUGAAACGAGGAAGGUUGUUGGCAUUGCUCCGACAUUGAAGAACAUGAAGAUCUUACCUACUGUUACGACCACUAAAGAGGUUGAAAAAUCAAAAGAACAGGAAGUGGUCAGUGAAGAACUAUUAAUAGAUGAUUUAGAUGACUCAGAACUGGAUGGGUACAUUUUAACAGAACAAGAAGCUAAAAACAAGGACCAUUUAUGGAACAAGAUCCAUGGGGCCUUCCUUCAAGAACAAAAAGAGAAGAGAGAAAGGUUAGAACAAGAAAACGAAGGGAAACCAGAAAAAAAGAGACGGAAGUACAAACCGCGUAAAACAAUCACUCCAUCCAACUCAGCCAAAGAAGCUAUUGAAAAAAUAUUGCAAGAGAAAAAGAUCUCCAGUAAGAUCAAUUAUGAUGUACUGAAGAGUUUAACAGCUCCCAGCUCGCAGCCAGCAACUGAAUCCGAAACAAACCAACCAGUGGAGGUGCUGGAAAUUGAAGAGCCUGCUGCUGUUACUAAAGUACAGCGAAAAAAACCAGUUCCAAAACUGGUUCAGGAUGGUCCACUGAGGAAGAGAAUCAAGGUGGAGAAGGAUGCAGAGACCGCCUCGCCCCAAGAUUCAAAGAAAGAGGCAGUGGCUGAAGAUACCGCAGCUGAGAAUGAUCAAGAGGAAGAAACCAACGAGGAAUUGGAGAUGGAAAUGGAGAUGGAAUUGGAGGAUGGAGACAACGAAGAACCAGAGCCAGAUGGCAUCGUGUCAUUAGCUGAUAUGCUGUCGCAGCGUAACGGAGGAGAUGAAGACUAUUACAAUGAUUAUGACGAUUAUUAAAUUUGUUAUUGUAUGAUAUAAGAAGGGUCUGAGGAUGUGUCGGCAAUUUAUGUAGAAGCGUAGUUUUCAAAUUGAAAAGAAAUUGCAUUUCUAUAGAUUCCACCAAGUGCCCCUCGAAAACCAACAGUAAUUAUGAAGUCUUAAUGAGUAACUUUAAUUUUAAAAGAGGGAGCAUUCGAGAUGAAAGGAGUUUAUCUUACUAGUGGACUAUUUGUUUAAUAUUUCUGGUACCUUAUUGAGGAAGAUAGCUGUCAGAUUUUUUUUUUCCUGUAUGGGAGCCAUCUUAUUUUAUUUUAUAUUCAUUAAAAUUGGAUGUAUUUAUGCUAAAAAGAACUAUGUUGCAUUCAAAAUGUAUGCACUUAGUCCCUUGUAGCAUAAAUACGUCCAAAUAUUUCUUUCUUUUUCCAAAAUAUUCAGUAGAUUACAUAUUGCAAUCAAGUUGAUCUUAAAAUUCACGAAAAGAACAUAGAAUAAUAUGUGUCCACGCCCUACAGUUUUCCCUCAAGCCAUCUCUUUUUGUUUCUUUAUCAAGUUUUAAGUUUCGAUGUUUUACAAAAAAAGAAAGAGCUGCCAUCCAAAUUAAGAGUUUCUUGUUAGUAACUUUUUUUAUGCCAAAGGAAGGCCGCAAUUGGGCCAGCACAUCCCAGUAAAGUAGUAAUUCUUUUUAAAUUUUAGGUCAUGGCCAACUCGAAACACUUCAGAACUUCAAGGACUUUUGCCUAUGAUUGUUUAAUGGACUGGCCGCAUCACCCUUGAUCAAUUGAACUACAUUUCGCUGUUUGUAACUAAAAUUUCUGGCUCAGUUUAGAAACAACAUCCAUAAAUGUUUUUACAGGCACACUAGAAUUUUUAGUUCCUAAUUGCCACAUGAAGUUCAGUUUGACCUCCCGACAAAGCAAAUCUUCAUUUGCUAUUUUUGGUGAUUUUAGGUUUGAAUCGUACAGCUUUUAGUGCAAAUUACAUUUUCAGCUUAUGCAUGACACUUUUCUAUUAAAUACUAUAACCUCUGGUUUUAAAUUUAACCAGAGAAACCACUGUAGGAUUGUAUUUUGCCUCAAUGAAUCAUGGUAGUCAAGAUUAAGGAUUACUCCAAGCAUAAGGUACUCAACGGACUUAACCACAGACCCUUCGUUUUAUUUUUGUUGAAAUUUUUGUUGAUUAUUUAUUUAAUUUGGUUAUUUAUUGACUUAAUAUUAGAGUUUUUUUUAAAAAAAAUCAUCAAUGAUUAUCAGUCCGAAAAAUCUGUACAAUUUUUGGAUUUAUUUUUAAUUUUAGAUUGUGAUUGAAUUUAUUAUUUGGUUGUUUAGCAAACCAAUGACCAGAAUCAAGCUUAAGAAUAAAGCCCAACAUCAGAUGCAAUCUCAAUAAAUGAAAGCUGCCCUUGACAGCUGAAACCUUGUCAAUUGUUUAAGAUACUGUUUUGACCAUUUAAUGGGAUAUUUAAAUCUAUAGUUUACACUUAUCCAUGUGAAUAGGAUAAACCUCGACGAAUUGACAGAUCUCGUAAGAAGAAUGCAAUCCAUUGAAUGGAUCCUUUCGAAAAGUAGCAGAUAUACUUAUCAAUAUGUUAGAGUACUGGCUUACGACAGUGACUGUGUUAUAUUUCAAAAUAGAAUAUUCAGUAACCACCUCCUUUAGGAAUUAAGGUCUAGUCUAUAGCUAAUUUCGAAAAAUGUUUAUCUCAAUGACAUCAUUAAAACCAAAACUGUUGGUUAGUUUUCCUCUAUAAUAAUGAAAAAUGAGUGAAGACUUACAGCGUUGCGAUCUGAGAGACAUUUUUAGACUUUAGCCAUCGAUAUGGUAGUUAUCCUUUACCUGGUCACUUAUCCAAAUUUCUGCCGCCUUGUUUGUAGUAAUUCAAAUGCUGCCCUUACGUAGGUUUGUUGACUUAAGAAAGUUGGAGAUCAAAUGUAUGUUGAAUCAUACCAAUGUGAGUUGCUCAUUUACCGCAAAUUUCAAUGAAAACCACUCACUAUCAUAAAAGUAGAGCUGGUGUUCUAAUUGAAUUAUCUGCAAGUAAAACUUAGCGAAUAAGUCGAUGGGAAAUCGAUGAGAACGAAAUUGUGACCAAUUCUUCUGCCCCAAGUACCAUCGCCAGCUUACACAAAUUUUUCACAUUUUUAGCACUGAACAUGUUUCAUGGAAAUUUUUCCAAUGAUUAACCUUACCUACUGCAAGCGUAGACAAAGUUCACUUUUAUUAGAAAUUAUGUACCAGCACUUCAGAAUUCUAUUCUAUAUGUCUUUCACACAUCAAGAGUAUGAGUUUCCUGCUUGCUACUUUCUGUUCAUGCAGCUGUUUCAAGCCUGUAACGUUUCUUACGCGCUCCUUAACUCGUAGACGCCUGCCUGAAAAGAAGAUACGAAACUCUUGAGCAGAAUUUCUGUAAAUGUUGCUUUUGAAGUAUUUUCCAAAA